AUGACCAGACAAAGGAACCAGAGACGACCAGACAAAGAAGCCAGAGACGACCAGGCAAAGGAGCCAGAGACGACCAGGCAAAGGAGCCAGAGACGACCAGGCAAAGGAGCCAGAGACGACCAGGAAAAGGAACCAGAGACGACCAGGCAAAGGAGCCAGAGACGACCAGGCAAAGGAGCCAGAGACGACCAGGCAAAGGAACCAGAGACGACCAGGCAAAGGAACCAGAGACGACCAGGCAAAGGAACCAGAGACGACCAGGACAAAGGAACCAGAGACGACCAGGCAAAGGAACCAGAGACGACCAGGCAAAGGAACCAGAGACGACCAGACAAAGGAACCAGAGACGACCAGGCAAAGGAGCCAGAGACGACCAGGCAAAGGAGCCAGAGACGACCAGGCAAAGGAACCAGAGACGACCAGGCAAAGGAACCAGAGAUGACCAGGCAAAAGAGCAAACGACCAGGCAAAGAACCAGGCAAAAGGACCAGACGACCAGGCAAAGGAGACCAGAAAGACGACCAGGCAAAGGAACCAAAGACGACCAGGCAAAAAGGAACCAGAGACGACCAGGCAAAGGAACCAGAGACGACCAGGCAAAGGAGCCAGAGACCCAGGCAAGGAACCAGAGACGACCACAAAGGAACCAGAGACGACCAGGCAAAGGAGCCAGAGACGACCAGGAAAAGGAACCAGAGACGACCAGGCAAAGGAGCCAGAGACGACCAGGAAAAAGACCAGAACCCAGAGACGACCAGGCAAAGGAACCAGAGACGACCAGGCAAAGGAGCCAGAGACGACCAGGCAAAGGACGACCAGUCAAAGGAACCAGAGACGACCAGGCAAAGGAGCCAGAGACGACCAGGCAAAGGAGCCAGAGACGACCAGGCAAAGGAACCAGAGACGACCAGGCAAAGGAGCCAGAGACGACCAGAGACAAAGGAACCAGAAAAAGACGACCAGACAAAGGGACCAGGAACCAGAAAGACGACGACCAGGCAAAGGAGCCAGAGACCAGACGACCAGGCAAAGGAACCAGAGACGACCAGGCAAAGGAGCCAGAGACGACCAGGCAAAGAGACGAAAGACCCAGAGACGACAAGACAAAGGAACCAGAAACAAAGGAACCAAGACGACCAGGAAAGGAACCAGAGACGACCAGGCAAAAGGAGCCAGGAACCAGAGAGACGACCAGGCAAAGGAGCCAGAGACGACCAGGCAAAGGAACCAGAGACGACCAGGCAACCAGGACGACCAGAGGAACCAGACAACCAGGGAACCAGAGACGACCAGGCAAAGGAACCAGAGACGACCAGGCAAAGGAACCAGAGACGACCAGCCACAAAGGAACCAGAGACACCAGACAAAGGAACCAGAGACGACCAGGCAAAGGAACCAGAGACGACCAGGCAAAGGAACCAGAGACGACCAGGCAAAGGAACGACCGACCAGGCAAAGGAGGCAAAGGAGCCAGAGACGACCAGGCAAAGGGAACCAGAGACGACGACCAGAACGACCAGGCAGCCAAGACGACCAGGCAAAGGAGCCAGAGACGACCAGGCAAAGGGAGCCAGAGACGACCAGGCAAAAGGAGCCAGAGACGACCAGGCAAAGGAGACCAGAGACGACCAGGCAAAGGAACCAGAGACGACCAGGAAAAGGAACCAGAGACGACAAAGACAAAGGAACCAGAGACGACCAGACAAAGGAACCAGAAUCGACCAGACAAAGGAACCAGAGACGACCAGAGGCAAAAAGGAGCCAGAGACGACCAGGCAAAGGAACCAGAGACGACCAGGCAAAGGAACCAGAGACGACCAGAGACGACAAAAGGAACCAGAGACGACCAGGCAAAGGAACCAGAGACGACCAGACAAAGGGAACCAGAGACCAGACCAGACAAAGGAACCAGAGACGACCAGACAAAGGAACCAGAGACGACCAGGCAAAGACGAGACGACCAGGCAAAGGAACCAGAGACGACCAGGCAAAGGAAGAGACGGAAAGGAACCAGAGACGACCAGGCAAAGGAGCCAGAGACGACCAGAGACAAAGGAGCCAGAGACGACCAGGCAAAGGAACCAGAGACGACCAGACAAAGGAACGACCAGGCAAAAAGGAACCAGAGACGACCAGGCAAAGGAGCCAAGGACCACCAGAGACGACCAGGCAAAGGAGCCAGAGACGACCAGGCAAAGGCAAAGGAACCAGAGACGACCAGGCAAAGGAACCAGAGACGACCAGGCAAAAAGCCAGAGACGACCAGGCAAAGGAACCAGAGACGACCAGGCAAAGGAACCAGAGACGACCAGGCAAACCAGGAACCCAGAGACGACCAGGCAAAGGGGCCAGAGGACCAGGCAAAGGACAGACGACCAGGCAAAGGAACCAGAGACGACCAGGCAAAGACGACCAGGCAAAGGAGCCAGAGACGACCAGGCAAAGGAGCCAGAGACGACCAGGCAAAGGAACCAGAGACGACCAGGCAAAAAGGAACCAGAGACGACCAGGCAAAGGAGACGACCAGGCAAAGGAACCAGAACAGACGACCAGACAAAAAGGAACCAGAGGAAAAGGAACCAGAGACGACCAGGCAAAGGAACCAGAGACGACCAGGCAAAGAAAAGGAACCAGCCAGAGACGACCAGGAAAAGGAACCAGAGAACCAGGGAACCAGAGACGACCAGGCAAAGGAACCAGGCAGACGACCAGGCAAAAAAGAGCCAGAGACGACCAGGCAAAGGAACCAGAGACGACCAGGCAAAGGAACCAGAGACGACCAGACGACCAGGCACGAAGGAACCAGAGACGACCAGGCAAAGGAACCAGAGACAACCAGGACGAAAAGGAACCAGAGACGACCCAGAGACGAAGGCAAAGGAACCAGAGACGACCAGACAGGCAAAGGGCAAGCCAGAGACAGGCACCCAGAGACGACCAGGCAAAGGAACCAGAGACGACCAGGCAAAAGGAAACCAGAACCCAGAGACGACCAGGCAAAAGGAGCCAGAGACGACCAGGCAAAGGAACCAGAACCAGAGACGACCAGGCAAAAGGAGCCAGAGACGACCAGGCAAAGACGACCAGGCAAAAGAACCAGAGACGACCAGGCAAAGGAACCAGAGACAACCAGGAAAAAGAACCAGAGACGACCAGGCAAAGGAGCCAGAGACGACCAGGCAAAGGAACCAGAGACGACCAGACAAAGGAACCAGAGACGACCAGGCAAAGGAGCCAGAGACGACCAGAGCAAAGGAGCCAGAGACGACCACAUGCAAAGGAGCCCAGAGACGACCAGGAAAAACCAGGCAAAGGAACCAGAGACGACCAGGCAAAGGAACCAGAGACGACCAGACAAAGGAACCAGAGACGACCAGACAAAGGAACCAGAGACGACCAGGCAAAGGAACCAGAGACGACCAGGCAAAGGAGCCAGAGAUGACCAGGCAAAGGAGCCAGAGACGACCAGGCAAAGGAACCAGAGACGACCAGGCAAAGGAGCCAGAGACGACCAGGCAAAGCCAGAGACGACCAGAACGAAAAGGAACAACAAAGGAACCAGAGAUGACCAGGCAAAGUAGCCAAAGAGACGACCAGACGCAAAGGGAACCAGAGAUGACCAGACAAAGGAACCAGAGAUGA